UUAUUGCGCGGCAGGAACGACGUGGAAUGUUUAUUCGGCCAGCUGUGGUGAGUUUACUUUCAAAUGUCAGUUACCCACGUAUUGACAAAUUGUAUUGAUGUAAAAGCAUUGUUUUAGUUUACUUACUUUUUUACGCAUGUAUCAUGACCCCUCAACACGCUGCCGGCGUCUCACUUUUUCUCGGCGCCUCUUUUUUGGCUUGGAAUGCAUAUCGAGCGAAACAACGAAACGAUAAAGAACGCGCGCUCUCCGCAGGAACCGUCCAAGGGCGAGAGUCCGAGAGAUCGCGCCAGCGGGUGCGUUUUGCACACUCGGAUACUGUUCUGACAAGACGACGGAGGUCUCUGUCCACGGAGAUCGAGUACCGUCAGCGGCUCAGUUCAGACUCUUCGCUGCUGGUCAACCUUCCCGGAGCGACCGUCUCCGCGUCCUCCGCCCCCGGCCCCUCCGCCCCCUCCCCCUCAGCCACCACCGUCGCCACCGACGCUGCCUCCUCACGCACCGUCGCCGGCGGCGGUGCAGACGCCGCCACCCCCUCCCGCCCCGCCGCCGCCGUCGGCGCCGUCGCCGCCGAGCCGGCCGGGGGCGACAUGGCUCAGUCGGUGACCAGCCUGUCCUCGGACUCUUCUCGGGAGAGAGGACGCACCCAGAGAGCGUCAUCGCGUGCCUGGUCGGCGCCGCCUCGCCGUCAACUGUCGCCCAAAACCAGUCGGGAGCUGAUUGAUCAUGAUCCGUCGGCAAUCAUCCAUCCAGUGCUGGAUCACUCAAAGGGAGUGGAUGAAACAGACGAGACGCAAUUUUUCGCGUACACCUUUGGACAAGGCCUGUUCAGAAGCGGACCGCAGGACCCCAGUGACGACACCGAUCUCGGCGCGCUGGUAUCACCUCCGUCGGCCACCAGUACCGGUAAACGCCAGACCUCUCGCUGGCGGCCGCCCCAGCGGCGCAAAGCCAUCACCUUCAAACGCCAGCAAAAAUUCGGCGUCGAUGUCCGUCCCAUCGACUCGUGCAAGUCAGACUUUUCGUUUGUGCUGCUGUGUACCUCGGACGAGGAAAUACCUCUCGCCUGCACUACCGCCCUGAGUCUGAGGAAAGAAGGCACAACCGCCUCCAUCGCUUGUAUAGUGGCGCUACCCACCGAGCUGUCGUCUCAGAGAAGGCUGUUGCUGCAGCUGCACAUGGACGAGAUCCUGGUGGCGCGCCAGCUGGCCGAACAGACGGCGCUGGCCCCGCUGCUAACCAGCCGUCCGCAGCUGGCACUGCUGCUGCUCUGGAAGCUGCCGCGCUGGCGCUGCGUCUUCGUCAGCAACCACUGCCUGGCGAUCCGAUGCGCCGACACGUUGUUUCAUACCGGCGCCGACUUCGCCGCUGUCCAGGCACUGGGAUCGCCCUCCCUCGAUGUCACCAUGUUCAGCGCCAAACCGUCCAACGCCACCUUCGGCAAGCUGGCCAAGAUGGCGCUCACGUCACCGGCAGCGGACGUCUCCACACUGCUGAACUCCUACCUGGGCACGGCCAACCACCUGUCUCGGGUGCCCAUGGACCAGGCCGACGGCCCGGAGAGAUUCUGCAGGGUGUCGGUGCUCUUCAACUUUACCAGAGAGAGACUGCAGAAGGACACCAUCCUCCCCAGCGUCAAGAUAUUCAACUUCGGCUCGGCGCUGCCGGUCUGGCUCGACUCGGGUCUGCCGGACGACGUGCCUGCUGUCGUGGCUAAACUGUUCGCUCGCUGGUCCGUGCUGCGGGCCAUCAUCGAUCCCGAGCUACCCUGUGGCGCCGGAGAGCGUUCGAGCGCACCCCCGUCCGCGCACGGAGAGCUAACGGCGCCCUACGAGAGCGCGCCCUGGCACCCGAGUCAGGCCACUGUGGAGGAGGUGGUGGCAGCUGAUCAUCGCGCCGAGAAAAUCAAACCCACCACUGAGACGUACGGCAGUCAGCCGCCGCUGUGGCGUAAUACGGGACGCUGAGGGCUGCCGGGGGGAGGGGGAGAGGCGGGGUGGACACUGGACAGUGGACACAUAUAUACUGGACAGGUGGAGAGGAGAGAUGGAUAGAAAAGCGGAGGCAUGGGGAGGCGGGUGAUGCAAAAAUAGUGAAAAUAAUCAUAUUCCCAGAAAUAACUUUAAAAUAUUUGAGUAUCAUGAUUUUUAUAUGUUGAUGACCAUUGUUUGAUUAUGCUAGUAAGAUAAUAUGUGUAGAGAAAGUGAUUACUGAAGUAAGUAGUGAUGUAAACGAGCUUGUACGAAUCACAGUUCAGUGACGAUAUGCUCCAAGAAUACAACGAAUGACAUUCC